AUGAGCGGUUUUCAGAACGGCGCCACGCCCGUCCGGGCCAUCGACAACGACAGCGAUGUCGAGGAGGAGGCCUUGGUCGCGGAUUACCAGGAACAAGUCCAAUAUGAGGAUGGCUUGGAGGAUCUGGAACAGGUCAACUCUCUGACCAUGGCUCAGCAGACUGAUGACAUUCAGUCAAGAUUGGCAGCUGCUGCUCAACCCUUGGACUUCUCAGCGCCUCUUGAGGUCAAGUUCCAGAGCUACGAUUCAUACUGCAGCUUGUUCCACUUCAUCCUCAACUCUGACGGUCCCGUGGACCUGGAGCCCCCAUCUUACUAUUGGGCCUGGGACGUGAUCGACGAAUUCAUUUACCAAUUCAACUCCUUCUCCUCCUACCGUAACAGAAUCGCGAGGCAAGCAAACAACGAGGAGGAAAUUCAGAUUCUGCGAGAGAAUCCCAACACAUGGGGAUGCUACAGUGUUCUUAAUGUCCUGUACUCGCUGAUCCAAAGAUCGAACAUCACCGAGCAGCUGGCUGCUAUGAGGCGAAAUGAGGAACCUAUGGCCGUGGCCGGAGAGUACGGCUCCAAGAACUUGUACCGAAUGCUUGGAUACUUCUCCAUCAUCGGUCUUCUUCGAGUCCACACUCUUCUUGGAGACUUCAGCCUCGCUCUUAAGACGCUCGAUGACAUUGAGUUGAACAAGAAGGCCAUGUUCGCUCGAGUGAUGGCAGCUCACUUCACGACGUACUACUACGUCGGUUUCUCCUAUAUGAUGAUGCGCCGCUAUGCGGAUGCCAUCCGCAUGUUUAGCCACAUUCUCGUCUAUGUUUCGCGGACGAAGAAUUUCCAGAAAAACGCGCAGUACGAUUCGAUCACAAAGAAGAACGACCAGAUGUACGCUCUGAUCGCCAUCUGUGUCGCGUUCCACCCCACUCGCCUGGAUGACACCAUCCACACCGCUCUGCGCGAGAAGUACGGCGAUCAGCUGCUCAAGCUCCAGAGGGGCGGCCCCGAGUCGCUGCCUAUCUUUGAGGAGCUGUUCCGCUCAGCAUGCCCCAAAUUCAUCUCCCCCGUACCCCCAGACUUCGACAACCCGGAGUCCAACAUUGACCCCAUCGAGCACCACCUGUCCAUCUUCAUGGACGAGGUCAAGACCAACAUGUGGAGCCCCACGGUCAAGUCCUACCUCCGCCUCUACACGACUAUGGAUCUGAAGAAGCUGGCUGGUUUCCUGGAAGUCAAGCCUGAGGAGCUUCGCUCUUGGCUGCUGGUGAACAAGCAGCGCACCAAGCAGCUGCGCUGGUCCGACCACGGGCUCUUGGAGGGCGACUGGGUCAAUGUUAGCGACCUUGACUACGCCAUGCAAGGUGACUUGAUCCACAUCUCGGAAGCUAAGGUCGGCCGCAAGCUGGUGGACUGGUACCUCCGCAACCUGUCGCGCACGUACGCAUAG